AUUGCUGGGUUACACUCAUCAGCUGUCGCUUUCUCACUAAUAUUCUCAAAAAUGGGAAUCCAUCAAAGCCAACCCCAAUUAGAAAUGCAAGCAGCAAGCGGAGUGGUUCACCAAAAGAAUAGCCUUUUCAAAUAUUCUGAAACUUGACCAUCUUCUGGUUCGAAUCAUUAGCCAGUUCAUAUGAUAUGCCUUCCUCUGUUUUUCUUCCCUUGUCUUGAUCUCCACUCUCUCAUAUAACAAGUUCAGCGCCCCCCGUGGCUGAGCUUUUCCAGCACAGAGGUGUGUCAAUGCGCCAAACAUUCAUAGCAUGAGACUGUAACCGAGCCAGUCAUAUUAAUGGGUUUGUUGUGAGUGCUCAGAGAGAGGUGAUAGCGUCUGUGAGUUCCUUUAAGUUAGGUGAGGCAAAGACGGGAACUUGGUCCCGGGGUUCUCUGCUCCUGCGACAAAACGAAAUUCUGGGCCUCACAAGUCUUUCCUUUCAUGUGACUCUCUUUCUCUGCCUGUCAAGAUUUCCUCACCCUCCUUUACAGCUAUUCAGAACCACCAUGCUUGUCGUUUCACAUGUUUCUCCUGGAACUGAGUACGGGGAGGGCCUUUAUUUAGAUCGUGUGGUCGAUCGCCGAAAAGACAAAGAUUUCGUGUGGUUGGGCUUUGAGGGCACUCUAUAUUUGCUCUGAUAGGCUGCUAUUCCUCUGCAGCUUACAGCCUCUCACUCGUAGUUGUAGCAACUGGGGCAUUUCAUCUAGUCGAGUCUAAUGGCUUCUGAUCGGUCGAAGUCAGUCAGAUUUACAGAUGAUUUUGAGGAAGCGGAGUUCACCCAACCUAACAAGGCAGGCCGUAUCUCCAGUUUUACCAGUAAGAUCAAAGGAGGACACCAUAUGCCUGAGUUUUGGCCCAAUAAGGCUGAUAGUUCUGCUAUUGGGAAGUUCCCUCGGGUAAAAGAACUGUCCCGAGUUUUUUCUGAGGACUACGAUGUGGUGGACGUCGAAAUUCUUGAUCCACGCGGAACCUUAGUUAACAGCUGGAACAAGAUCUUCUUGGUGGCAUGCUUGGUUUCGCUCUUUGUUGACCCGCUUAUCUUUUACCUCCCAAGGGCCAGCAGGGAUUUCUGUAUUCAUAUGUCGAUUCCCCUUGAAGUGACUCUCACAGUGAUUCGGUCUGUGGUUGAUGCUUUUUACGUGAUUCAGAUCUUUGUUCGGUUCAGAACAGCCUAUGUAGCCCCAUCCUCUCGUGUAUUCGGUAGAGGGGAGCUCAUUUUAGACCGCUCCAAGAUUGCUUCAAGGUACAUCCGAAGGAACUUCUGGCCCGAGCUUGUGGCUUCUCUACCUCUACCUCAGGUUCUGAUGUGGCUUGUGAUUCCGAACUUGAGGGGCUCAACUGUUGUCACUUCCAAGAACUUGGUUCGCUUCAUCAUCAUUUUCCAGUACCUGUUAAGGCUAUAUCUUCUAUUCCCCCUCUCGUCCCAAAUUGUCAAUGCAACCGGAGUUGUAACCCAGACUGCUUGGGCGAGCGCUGCGUAUAAUCUCGUGCUAUUCAUGCUCGCAAGUCAUGUUUUGGGAGCCAGCUGGUACCUCUUGUCGGUCGAGAGACAGGAGGAGUGUUGGAAGAAAGUGUGUGAUGAGGCAAAACUACCUUUCUGCCAUUACUGGUACUUGGACUGCAGCAGCACUGGGGACUCCAGUAGGGCUUCCUGGGUGCAAUCGAGCAAUAUAUCGGGCGUAUGUAAUCCUGAUGGUGGGUCCUUCCAAUUCGGCAUUUAUGCCGACGCGUUAACUCAUGGAGUCACUGACUCGAGGUUCUUUAACAAGUACUUCUACUGCCUGUGGUGGGGCUUGAGGAAUCUAAGCUCUCUUGGACAGAAUCUCUUGACGAGCACUUAUGUUGGAGAAAUAAUCUUUGCCAUCAUCAUCGCAAUUCUGGGGCUGGUUCUCUUCGCUCUGCUGAUUGGGAAUAUGCAGACUUACCUACAAUCGACAACAGUUCGUCUUGAAGAGUGGAGGAUACGGAGAACAGACACUGAGCAGUGGAUGAAGCAUAGGCAGCUUCCCUAUGAGCUGAAGCAGAGCAUUCGGAAGUACGACCAAUACAGAUGGGUCACAACUCGAGGAGUCGAUGAGGAAGCUAUCCUAAAAGGCCUCCCGUUGGACCUCCGAAGAGAGAUUAAGCGUCACCUCUGCCUCAACUUAGUUAGACAGGUGCCGCUGUUCGAUCAAAUGGACGACAGGAUGCUAGACGCGAUUUGUGAGAGGCUGAAGCCUGCCUUGUGCACCCCAGGCACUUGUGUGGUCCGUGAAGGCGAUCCUGUGAACGAGAUGCUUUUCAUCAUCCGGGGGCAUUUGGACUCCUACACAACCAAUGGCGGUCGAACUGGGUUCUUCAACUCAUGCCGCAUUGGCCCGGGAGACUUCUGUGGAGAGGAACUGCUCACAUGGGCCCUGGACCCCCGCCUGAGUGCUGCCCUCCCCUCAUCUACCCGCACCGUGGAGGCCAUAAGUGAGGUCGAGGCCUUUGCCCUCGUGGCCGAGGACCUCAAGUUCGUGGCCUCGCAGUUCCGGAAGCUCCAUAGCAAGCAGCUCAGGUACACGUUCCGGUUCUACUCGCACCAGUGGAGGACCUGGGCAGCAUGCUUCAUCCAGGCAGCGUGGUUUCGAUACAGGAGGCAUAAGGAGGCAGCUGAGCUCAAGAAGAGAGAGAGCUUCACGGCCUCUGCUCUCGAGCCCAUGACCGCAGAAAACACUAAGGCCAUGCUGCCCAGAACGGGCUCCGGAUUUGUGCAGUACGCAUCCAGACUGGCAACUAGCACAAGGAGGGGAGGGAGCCAACGCUGCAGGGUCGACUUGAAUAUCAUCAGCUCGUUGCAGAAGCCGACUGAUCCUGACUUCUCGGUUGAAGAUCGCUGAUUAGCCUGAUAGCAAAUGUGAAUGAGAUCGCUGUCUGUAUAGCAGCUAGCAAGUUUCACCGUACGAUCCUCAUUUGAAACUAAGAUCAUUCUUUUGUAUAGAUCCGUACGUAAUAUGGAUUUAGGCUAGUUUAACUCGACACGAUUAAAUGUACAUGUCGGAAAUGUUAAAAACUUCAAUCAUUCACUUGGAGGGAGAAUUCUCCCAAGUUAUGUGAUUCGUUAUAUUGAUGCAAAUGACUCGAUGCAAA